UAUUCCUGCAGUUACAGUAGGACUUUCAACUGUGCUCAUGAUGAACUUGAGAGCUCAUUCACUACUCCACACCAGAAGUUUUUAAGGCUUGGUAAAUAAACACAGCAUUCACUCAAGAGGAUUCUGGAUUGCCUGAGACAUCCACGGGUUUUUUCAUUUCUCUAGUACUGGAACAAGUUUUAAUGGAGCAACAGCAAUGAAAAUUGCAAAUACAUGGCAUUUCCAACAAAGAACAUUAUGGAUAAAAAGCGGCAACUUGUAAAAAAGGAGUUUGGGAAGAGAUUCUCUCUGGAUAGCAGACUCAUGGAAUACAUGGACUCAAAUAAAUACAUAGAUUACUUGCUAACUCAACUGGAAGAACAGCGCUGGAACUUGUGGAAGGAAAAGUUAUCUGUGGCUCGGCUACAGCAAGAAGUUGCCCGCAGUAAGAGUGACGGAACAAUGCGCGAGAAGCUGGUACAUGAGUUGGAGGAAGAGCGACAUUUGAGAUUUGAAAGUGAAAAAAAACUACAAGAAAUGACCCUGGAAUCUGAGCGCCACAGGGUUCAAAUGUGUGGACUGCAACAGCAGUUUUCAAGAAUGGAAGAAACAGUGAGGAACUUACUUCAAAGUCAAGGAUUAUCUGAGCCCAAUGGAGAAGAACACGUGCCCAUAUUAAAAUCAUAUCAGGAAACAUUAAUGCAAGAGGGAAAGCAGUGCAAAACAGGAGUGGAAGAUAUUUGCAUGUCAGAUAAACUUUCAAGGAGUGAAAACAACAGCAGUGAAGAGGAAAGAGACAAAACAAAAUUACUCUUGGAACGGCUGAAGGCUCUGGAGGCAGAAAAUUCCGCACUUGCUAUGGAAAAUAAAAAUCAGAGAGAGCAGUAUGAAAGAUGUCUUGAUGAGGUAGCCAACCAGGUUGUACAAGCACUGCUUACUCAGAAGGAUUUGAGAGAGGAAUGCUUGAAAUUGAAAACAAGAGUUUUUGACCUGGAACAACAAAACCAAACACUGAAUGUGCUAUUCCAGCAAAGAGUGAAACCCACAUCUAGCAUAUUGUUUCAGGAAUGCCAGCAGAAUAUGAAAUCUGGAAUACCUGCCUUGAAAUGCCAGAAUCAGUUAAAUGGGAAUGGACCUCACCAAGUUUAUCCUAGAAGCAGCUGCAGCAGCAGUGAACUCUCCUUGUCUAGCGCCUGCAGUGAAUAUUCCAGCAGCUCCUCCUGGAAUGAUGGGAAAGCAUGCAAGAAAAAGUCAGUAAGCUGGGAUAAAAGGAUAAGUAUAGGCUCUUCACUCCCCAGCAACCAUUCCAGUCCUGCUGAUGACCUACCUCCAACGCGCAUCAAAGAAAACCACAUUUUGGACGGGCUGAAGAAGCUACAGAAGCAAAAAAAAAUAUUAGAACCUCCUUCGGUUAUAUCCAAAUGGGGCUAUAAGGAUUGCAUGGAUUCUAAUGAAGGAAUCUAUUCUCCCGGAGUUAAGUAUGGCGCUCAGAAAGAACAGGCCAAUGGCAGGCCUGAAAUGGAGGUAGCUUGUCAAGAUCACCCAAAAAUCUUUGUGUAUGAUUCUGAUUCCCACGAGGAUGUGGAUGAUGACUCUUCAUCUUUAGUACUACUGCAUGAAGUACCAAGAAAAGACUGUUGGUACUACUGUAAUAAAUUAACUCACAGUGUUUCUGACAGCUUAUUUGGCUGGGAACCUGAUAGAAAGCAUUUAUCAGAAAUAAGGUCUUACUUUAAUUCAAAGGAAAAGCCCGAAAAACUGACUAGUUUUGUCAAUGGAUUUCAGUUGGGUGCAAAAUCAUGCAGGGAUAUGAAGCUGCCUGUGCUGCAGAUAGAUAAAAGUCUUUCCAGUGUAAGCUGGAGAGACCUUAAUUUACACCUUUCAGAUACUGAUGACAACGAAAUCCUUGAUGAAUUACAUGUAGAGAGCAGCGACGAGAAAAGCCCGUCAUCUUUGUCAUUAGCACCCUUUGCAGAAAAGAACACCGAGAGCUGUGAUAUGCUUGGGGAGAAAGAAAACACUCAGCUGGCAUCUUCUGAAAAACAAGCCCCUCCCUCAGACAUCAGGACAAAGGCAUGUAAUUUUAUUAAGCAGCAAAAAAUUAUAAAGAAGACUUCUUCAGAAGAAUGUAUUACUGUAAUAUUCGAUGCCGAAGAUGGCAAACCUAUUGAAUUUAAUUCACAUCAGGCUGGAAUUGUUACUGUAACUAGAAAUGAAAUUUCAAUUCACCAGCCUUGCGAUGCAGAAAACACUACAUGUUUAUCUCAGGGAGUAUCUAAUUUGCAGAAAGCAAUAGAUGCUAAAAGCUGCCAUAUUAUGCAAAUACCUGUUAAUAAAGCAGAGAGAAAAACUGCCCCAAAUGAUUUCAAGGACGACUGUGCAAAUGUCCCUUCUCCCCACAUCAGAGAUUGCCCUAUACAUUUUGGAAAACCACUGUGUCAAAAUACCUCUCAGCAAAAACUAACCAAACCCGCAUGCAGUAUUUCUUCCAAUUUGAGCUCCCCUUCUUGUAUCCAGGGAGGUAAUAAUCAAAAACACAAGUUAACAAGAGUUUCCAGCAGAGACAAGUUUUUACCACAGACAGCUAAACCGGCCAUGGCUGAAAACUGUCCUUUAGUCUCUCCCCAUUGCUUUAAGACUUUGGUUAAAGGUCCAGCCUCACCUGCAAAAUGGUCAAGGCACAAAAAGAUACUGAAUCCAAAUCAGAAUUCAAAAGUAGGCUUGAAUAACUGCAAGAUGUUAGCUCAUCCAGAAACUAAGAUUUUGCUCUCAGAAUCAACUGCCUUGCCUCAGCAUAUUCUAGAGUCUGUUAACAAUGAAGAGAAACCAACCAGAGAUGUCCAUAAUGAAGGGCCACCAGUAGAAGCCAGAUCUCCUCCCCCUCCCCUUCCUCCUGGCAGAUCAGCUUCACUCUUAAUGAGAUCACUUUAUGAACAUUCACCCCCUGCUCUUGACCAACCAGGAGCGGGUUUUCUCAGCGACACAAGAAAAGAUGUUCAGUUCUCACCACAGAAAGGAAAUUCAGUGUCUGUUUGCCACAAUGUUGCUGUUUAUGAAACAAAAACCGAUAAACUGCCUGUCACACCUCAAUUAAACUAUCUUGAAUUAAACCACUUUCAGGACAAGGGAGAAGGCAAAUGCGUAUCAGAAAAAUCCCCUGCCACAAGCCAAGUCACUUCCAAGAUUUUCACCAAGAAAAUUUGUCCACCAAAUUCAAACUUGCCCAUGUUCUACAGCAACCAAGAACUGUAUAAUUCCAGAGUUGUCUCUACAGCUUUCACAACACAAGAUACAAGCUCCCUGUCUCAGGAGACUGGUGUACCUCAGAAACCAAAGUUUCCCGAGAGUUUCUCCACUUCACUGGAGCAUCACAUAAGUACAGUUGGGGAACAGAGUGUUCUGCCUCAAAUUAACCCUUCUCCAACUCCAUUGUUAUCUCAGGUCAGGGAUGAUGGAAACUUGUCUGGCAAGGUGCUGAAGCCCCAUCUGUCUGUGGGACUGAAAUUAUUCAUAACAUCUCCCCGCUUUGUCAGAAGGAGUUCCACUGUGCCAGGAAAGCAGGAAAAAGACUGUAUGAAUGCAGCCUCUAAAUGCCACGUGAAUUCAGAUAAACAGAGGCAAGGUGAAUCUUCAUCUCAAACCACUAUAGACUUAGCAGACCCUGAAGAAUGGAGUCCGGAGCCUCAAAUAAAGGAAAGUUUCUCAAAGAAACUCAAAAUGGACCCAGCUUUCCCUAUUUCCCCUGAAUCUUGCAAUUUGAUAGAGCCGGACAGAUUUGAAAACAAAUCUGUUAAAAGAUCCAUUUCUUCUAGUAAUAAAGCAUACCUGAAGCCAGCUCUUGGUAUGACUGGAGCCAAGGCCCGUAGUCAGAGUUUCAGUAUUUAUACUGAAGAACUAUUGCAUGCACCUUCCCCAGAACGGUUGGGAAAAGUGAGAACCCAGAUUAUAACAAAUACAUCAGAACGAGGGAAUUCUCUAACCAGGCAAAACUCAGCAGGGGAGGGAUUGCAAACGAAGUUUGUUUCCGAAUCAGCUGGGACAGCAGAGGCAGUUCCAGCGGUUUCUUGCACUCGGCCAGGCGUUUGUGCAAAAGUGAGUGGUUCCAAUAGUCAGAUGAGCAACCCAAGCAAGCUGCCCUUUCGAACGUCUCCAAAAGGAGAUAUGUGCACCAGUGUUUUGAAAAAGGGGAUCCACAAAUCAGCAUCCCAGAGUGAAGUUCCAGAUACACCUGGUCAAGAUGAAAAAAGCAGUGAUGUUUCCAAGUGUCAGUCAGCAAUGGAAAAAAGUGUUACUCAAACAGAAAUCAACCAAACCAGUAUUUCCCCAGGCCAAAUUUUCCCAUUUCAGAAAAACAUGGACAGGAUUGAACGUCAUCACAAAACCGAAGGAAGCAAGACAGCAUUGCCAGAAACUUGUCUAAAUGGUCCCGAAACGCCUGGAAAGGCUUCGCUUUCAACCAGCUCACAUCCUACAAUAGAAGAAAAAGUGAUGUUGUGCAUCCAAGAGAACAUGCAGAAAGGACAAGGGCAAAACCCAUCUGGCCCUGAGAUGAAACAAAAAAACGGAGGCCCUUCUCUUGCCAGCUGGUUUGGUUUCCGUAAAAGUAAACUCCCUGCCCUGAACAGCCGAAAAACGGAUACCUCAAAAGUCAAAGUAGAAAAGAAAGAGGCAAAAAGUUCAGCUUUUGGAAGUAAGCAAGCAAAAUCCGAAAAAAGGAAAGACAAAAAGAAAAGCGAGCAGCACUGCGAAGCGGAAAACGAGCUGAACAGGAAAACGUCUGUCCUUUUAGAUGGUGCUCCCAAAGGAAAAAAAUUGGCAAAGGCUGUACACGGUAACCCAAGCCAAGCAAGAUCCGAACAGAAAAGCAGCCCUACUGCUACCAGCUCAGGAAAAGACAACUUCAUGAAAGAGCUUUUACACAGAGUUGAUAAGAAGGCAGCCCAGCAGACAGAAAGUGGAUCAAAAAAUGUUUCCUGCAGGAGCGUGUCUAAGAGCAUAUCCCAGGGUUUUCCUCUUCCAAGCAACUCUGUCAAUACUCAAAGAAUCCAGAAGAAAAACAGCAAAACAAAGGUUGACAUAGAAAUACCAAACGAGGCCUUGGUCAAUGUAGUAAGAGAAAACUUUCAAGAGGAUGCAGAAGUUAACCUCCCAGAUUCAAGAAAUCAAAGUCAUUUAAUAGAAUCCUGCUGCCAAAUGAGGACAUUGGACAGUGGCAUAGGAACCUUUCCCCUUCCAGACUCAGGAAACCGUUCAACGGGCCGACACGUUUCUAAGCAAGGACUGGAUUUAGAAAAUGAAGAUUUCACAUCACCGGGCCAACCUUUUCCUCAGGCUCCAUCUGAGAAAGCCCAAACCCUAGAACGAGAAGUGCCUUCAACAACUAAUAAAAGCCCGGGCUCUAUCGAGAGUGUAAUUUCUCAUUCAGCAUCAGAUCCUGCGAUGGCUGAUGGAGGUGUGCAGGUUUUGCAGAGUCAUCUUCCGAAAGCAGCUUCUUCAGGAAUAACAGGUCCUAUGGAAAAAACCAGUCAAAAAUCAAGUUGUUUGGCUUCGACAUCAUUAGAUGAUUCAGAGAAAGAAAACAGUAGCAAUGUAAAGAUGUUUCCAGACUGGAGCAGCAAGAAUGUUAUCAAAGCCAAGAAAUUGAAGCAACCUGAGGAAAUGAAAAAAAAAGAGUCUCCAAAAAAAAGGAUGUCUAAAGUUUUCUUUGAACUCUCAUUAAAUUUAAUAGCAACUGAUACAUUUUGUUGGGUAGGGGGGACAACAGUACAAACAAGGUUGAAGGACAAGAAGAAAAUGGAAAUAAUGAAGAAAUGUCUCUAAAUAGUUCUUGAGAUAGAGAACAUACAGAACCUUUGAGAGUUUCUUUAUAUGAUAGCUUCUCAUCCAGUGCAAGCUCAUACAAUGUUUAAAGAUAUUCUACAGCAAUGAAGCACUUAACGGAAGAACUAAAAAAGAUCAGUAAAUAUAUUGAGAGUUGAUAAGACUCAUCAUAGCAUCUAUCCUGGUGUGAUCAUACAAUGAAGAGAGGAGACUGCAUCCUUGUGAAAAGAAAGAAAACACAAUACCUGUAACAGUUAUAACUUUUAAAGUCUUAAUUUGCACUUUCAUGAAUAAUUGUACAGAAGUUGUAAAAAUAUUCUUUGACAAAUAAAAAUAUAUUUGUAGAAAAA